CAUCGCGGGAGCGCAGGACAAGGGUUGUCAGCAUUUCCCUCAACCUCCCUGGCGGUAUUCCCGAGUGUAGCUCGGGGUAAAGUUUCAGUACCACAAGCGGUAACCCCGAGCUACACUCAGGAAUACCUUGCAGGGAUCUGUUCUUCACUUACCUUGUCCUGCGCUCCCCCCGCGAUGUCCCUCCUGCAGUGUCCCCGGCAAUGUCCUCUAGCUGAUGCCGGCAUCCGUCUUCUGGGUUCCGUCCCCUGCGAGCGUCGGGACGUACAGAGACGGAGCAGCGGGAAAUUUAAAAAUGUGAAAAAAGUG